CUAAAUAAAAUAUUUAAUUUUAAAUUUUAAAAAUUUUAAAUUCUAAGCACCUCAAGGUUUUAUGAAGGAAAUGAGUCCAAUUGGAUUUGGACUGUUUAUUGGAGAUUUGAAAUGCUACGGGCCGGAUAGGCUUACAUUCAACUACUCGAGUCUUGGGUUGGGCCAGUUCUUCUCAAUAAAAGAAAAAAAAAAGCUUUGAGAAAUUUCCAGAGCGAGUUCCCGCUGCCUCAACUCAAUUGUGGCGCCAAAAGCCAAAAGGAAUCAUCUCUUUCUGCCCUGCCCUAAAUCUAAAUAACCACAUCUACUACACUCACUUCUGCUGAAUACUGGUUACAAAGAGACUAUGUUCGGGAGGCUCAGACCAUCUUCUUCUCCGUUGGACAGCUUAGAUAGCCCACCUUCCAAGAUCUUCAAAGACGAUCCUCUCUCCAUCUACGGAUGAAUUUUACGACUCUACUGCUUCCAUUCAGGGCUUUUUUGUUUAGCUAUCACAAAUUCGUCUGUGUGGUGGUUGCAGAGGCUACAUUGAUAAAGCUUAAAUUAGGUUCUCAGCGAGACUUAAGUUCGUCCUCUGACGAGACAAUGGAGAUAGAAAGCGAUUGCAGUACUGUAACUGUUUCCAGAAAUUCUACGGAUUCUGUGAAUCCUGAUCCCAUACUUCGUAACUCUACAAACGUCUCUGAAACUUACGAAAGUAUGGUAACAUCUCCUGAUAAAGAGGCAAUGGCUAUCGAUACGAUGAGUACUUGUGCAAGUAACAUAUCGAGUCCUAGCGCUUGCCAAUCUACAAGUGAUUCGAAACAGAUGGAAAGCAGGAAUAUGUCACUACAUUUCUUGUUCUCGAAAUAUAAAAUUGCACGAAAUGCAUUAAGCUCAUCAGUCGGAGAGUCGAUGACAGCAGCGAGCCAUUGUUCUGCAAGUAGUUCUCCAAGUUCCAGCUAUUCCCAGUCAUUUGGCAGCACAAAUGAGCAGUCUGAACACGAAUGUCCCAGUUUUUCUACUGGCCGUCACAUGUGAGAUUUUCGUUCCGAAUUCCUUCAAUUCUCUAAAUACAUAAGUCUUGAGCAUAAAGACAUUUGUAUUUAUUUGUAACCUGAUUGAAAUCUCGAUACGCCUUGAUUUGAUGCUAAUUGUUUUACCGAGUUUAACAUUGUUUUCCGUUUCAAUAUUUUAUCAGAUUCAAUGUUUGUAAC